UUCUUCACAUUCUCCUCCCCAAACCAAAAUUUUAAAUUCUUUCUUUAUAUGGCACUAACCCUUUUGUCCCACGAGGUAUCCGAUCUCUGCAUCGGCAAACCGCCGCUAAGGUGCCUCUCCGCCGUGACAGCCACCGUCGCUGACGCCAUCGCCGCCCUCAAAUCCUCCGACGAGCCUUUCCUCAGCGUAUGGAGCUGUAACCACGACGAAACCAACGAUGAUAACAACAAGUGCGAGUGCGAAUGCGAGUGUGUGGGUAAGAUCUGUAUGGCAGAUGUGAUCUGUUACCUAACUAAACACGACAACAAGGCUUUGUCUCUUUCCUCUGUUUUGGAAGCUUCUGUCUCUGUUCUUCUCCCCAAAUCUCGUUCCAUCGUCGUUCAUGUCCAAUCUUCUUGCAAGUUAAUUGAAGCCAUUGGUCUGAUAACCGGAGGAGCACAGGAUCUAAUCGUUCCGAUUCAGACAAAACCAAUCACAAAGAGAAAACAAACCCGAAACGCAGUCGUUUCGCUAACAACCACCACAACGACAACAACACACAAGAACAGCCGCCAGUUCUGUUGGAUCACACAAGAAGACAUCAUCAGAUUCCUUCUCGACUCCAUCAGCGUCUUCUCUCCUUUACCGUCCCUCUCCAUCUCCGACCUCGGCGUGAUCAACAGCACGCACGCUAUCCUCUCCGUCGACUACUACUCCUCCGCUUCCUCCGCCGUCACCGCCAUUUCUCGCGCCAUUUCCGAUAACAUCUCCGUCGCUGUGGUCGACGGCGAAUGCGACGGAGAAGAAGAUCCACGUGCGGUUUUAAUCGGGGAGAUAUCGCCGAUGACGCUCGCUUGCUGCGACGAGUCGGCUGCAGCAGCGGUCGCUACGCUCUCGGCCGGUGAUCUGAUGACGUACAUUGACGGUAGCGGUCCGCCGGAGAGUCUUGUGAGAGUCGUUAGGAAUCGUCUUGAAGAGAAAGGUUUGGUGGGUUUGAUCUCGCUGGUCGAUUCUUUGUCGGGUUCGUCGGGGUCUUCUUCGUCGGAUGAAGAGUCUCCGGCGGGGAGAACUAAGUCGUAUGGGAGGUCGGUGAGUAGUGCGGCGAGGAUGGCGAGGAAGUCGGUGGCGAUAGUGUGUAAUCGGAGAAGCUCGUUGAUGGCUGUGAUGAUACAAGCCAUUGCUCAUAGGGUGAGCUAUGUGUGGGUGGUUGAUGAAGAUGGUUGUUUGGUUGGUAUGGUCACUUUUGUUGAUAUAUUGAAGCUUUUCAGGGGAUUUUUGGAUGAUCAAAACUAAGAAUCAUCAGUCUGAUUACUUUUUUUGGUUAGAGUUUACAUAAACAUACAACCAAAUCAAACGUUGAAUUAGUUUCUUUUGGUGAAGGAUGCAAUAAGAUUAGAGUUCUUUUAUAUAACAUAAGACCAAAAUUCUUGAGGAAUAUUUCGGUUCUUGUGUUCUUAAAUCUUGAUUUUUUUUUUUGGAUCUCAAUGACAGUCUUGAAUCUUUAUUUUCAGUUUA